UGAGAGUAGUAGAGACUUGAGACAGUACUGGAGCAAUACUUUAUACAAACGGUCGUACGAUAAUGUUGAAUCUCAAACAUUCUAUACUAAUUGCUCUCUUUAUUUGUCUAAGUAUUGUUUACACUCGAUCACAAAAUUAUAAUGGAGUAUCAAACGAUGCAGAGGAGAACGAUAUAUUGCCAGUACAAUUUUUAGACUCUGAUACAUAUUUGGUAAACAAUCAGAGUAAUGCCGAUAGUGACCAAGUGGAAGUGAAGCUUUACUACGAAAGUCUAUGUCCAGAUUGUAUUAAGUUCGACAAAGAACAGUUUAGUGUUGCUGUCCAGAAGUUAAACGGUUACGUAAACUUCCAUACAUAUCCGUAUGGAAAUGCAAGAACGAUAAAAGAAAAUGGCGUGAUCACAUUCGAAUGUCAACACGGACCACCAGAAUGUUACGGGAACAAGUUACACGCGUGUGUGUUGGAUAACCUGAAGAAUUUCACCGAAGCAGUUACGUUUAAUUCCUGUAUGAUGGGCGGAGAGAACCGUGGCUCCGACGAUGCGGCUGCUGACAGAUGUGCAGCUUCGUUCGGUUUUGACUCAACGCCAAUAAAAGACUGCGCUAAAGGCGACAGGGGGACGGAACUAUUGGAAUAUUAUGGAGAGGAAAGUCAGAAGGCUAAUUUUUCAUAUGUGCCAUACAUACUCAUAAAUGGCAAAGUGAACGACGGGAAUAAUUUUAUAAAGGAUAUUUGCGAAGCGUUUGCCGUUUCACCGCCGCCUUGCGUAGAAUACUCCGUCAAGUUAAUAUAGACUACUUUAAAUAACAAAA